GGGAGACUAGGCCAGCAAACGAAGAACUCAAAACGGGGAAGGGGAGAAGGGCGGGGCGGCGCAGGGAGACCACUGACCACGAGUGAGGGUGGUAGAGCCGUAGAGGGAGCGAGACUAGGACAGGGCCGGCCAUCCGCUGGUCCUCCGCAGCACUUUGAUCAGCAAGCUCUCCGCUCAUCUUCGCUGCUUGGUCGGCCAUUCGGCUACCGGAGGUGCACGAGUUGAUUGCUUGUCCACACUUUAUCCCUGGCUGGCAAAACAGGAGGGGUGCCAUGACAUCCUAUUUGAUCUGCUAUCAGGAAUCAGAGAGGCAUUUGUUAACCACUACUAUUACUAUACCCCGAUCUCGAUUGUCAUCGCUCCAAGAUAUGUUUUGCCUGGUUCUUCGUCCAGAAGGCGAAGUUGUUGUCAUUGAGGGCAUUGGUGGCUUGGCAAAGACAUGGGUGGCAAAAGGUGCAUUUGAAACAGCAAGGAACUCAAAUCGCUUUGAUAACUAUAUUUGGGUAUCAUUGUCUAGAGGUUGUAGUCUGCGACGGUGCAUCGAGAAGAUUGCAACAUGUCUUUUAAUUGACAUCGGAGAGGAACUGUUAUCAUCCAGAAUUAGUGUAAUGAUCAAGGAACAUCUCGCGAGACGGAAGUUUUUGUUGGUUCUUGAUAAUGCUUAUUUUGUCGAGGAAAACAUCUUAAUGAACUUGGGGAUUCCUCAUCCUCGAGAGCAGAGUUUGGGUUCAAAGGUCAUUGUGACCACAAGAACCAGGAGGGUACUGUCAGUCAUGGAGCCAGAUAUAAUUAUAUCGCCACAGCCUCUUACAGAUCAGGCCUCAUGUGACCUACUGUGCGAGAAGAUUGGCAAAGAUAUUCGUCUAGACUUAAGUAAUUGUUGCUUUGGCAUACCAUUAUCAGUUAUCUUACUGGCUGGGGCACUGUGUGAUGUGCCUACACAAGAGGAAUUCAGCAAGCUAAUCAGUGAAGUUCAUGUGGCCUCGGCGAAUCGCCUUGUAAAUUUUGGUUACAGCCAGCUUCCUAGUGAUACUGCUAGGCACUGUUCCCUAUACUGUUUACUCUUCCCUGACGAUGAAGCAAUUUCUGUCAAAGACUUAAUAUUCUUCUGGAAGCUGGAGGGUAUCACUGAUGAGGCUAACUGUACUGGUAGGGAAAUUCUCCAUGUGCUUUUAAAGCAUGGGUUGAUUCAUUUUGAGGGUGAUGAUCAUAUCCGCAUGCAUGAUGUCAUUAGAGAGACGUUAUCUCAACUUGGACGGGACAAUGGCUAUGUGGAACAGCCUCAAUGGGACUUUGACGAUUACAUUCAAUUUGAGCAUCUAGCCAAGUUGGGCGGCAAAAUUUCCUUAAUGAACACAAAAAUGGAAGUACUCCAUGGAAGUCCAAGUGCCGAGUGCUUUUCAACUUCGACGCUACUUUUGAGAGGAAACCGCCAUAUGAGAACUAUAUCGGAAGAAUUUUUUUGUUGUGUGCAAAUGCUUAGAGUGCUAGACCUAUCGUUUACUCGAAUCAUCAUCCUGCCCCAAUCCAUUUCUAGUUUGUUUUACCUCCGGUCGCUGCUACUAGUUGGAUGCGGACACUUGGAGAAAAUUCAGCACAUAAGCUCACUGGAGAUGCUUGAAAUACUUGAUGCAUCAAGUUGUGGUUCCCUAAAAAGGGUAGAGUGUGGAUCAUUUGAUCGUAUGAGGGUGCUCAAGAUUCUUGACCUUUCCCGGACUUCUAUUGCAUGCUUGCCAUCUCUAGCUGCGUGCGUCGGACUUCAACAACUCAUACUACACGAUUGCCCAUGUCUUGAAUCUCAGCAAACUACAGAAACAAAUGACAAGUCCUGCAAUGCAAUUUUUGUUAAGUUCCCUUAUGGAGUUUCAAAAACAGGUGCAGUAAGGAACGUACAAAUAGGGGCAAGUAUGGAGGAUCUAGUGGGUUGGAUUUGGUUGCCUGGCGGGCUGGCUUUUGAGUUGUCUGACAGAUUUGUCAUGAAGGUCUCUGAAGAUGUAGAUCAGAACGGCAAAACGUACAUACAUGCAAGUCAGGCCAAUUUCUUUCGGUCUUUGGAUAAAGAAUCUCCACUAUGGUUAACCUGCUUCCAAAAGUUUCACAUAGUUAUCUCCUCUUCAAAGUUUGAUCAAACCAUGCACAAGGGCUUGAGAGCAGUGAGGACAAAAUUCUCUUCUGUGGACGCGCAUUCCGGUGAUUUCGAUCGGUAUCUGGAGAUGAACUGUGUCAGCAUUCCUAAUGGUAUUGAGGAGAUUCUUGGUCAUGCUGAGCUGAUAUCAUCAAGAAGCGUAACAACAACAGAUCAAGUGUGGAAUCUGAAUAUUGGAAGACUGGCAGCAGCAGGAGAACUUUGGAUAGAGGAAUGUCGCCAGCUGGAGAAUCUUUUCUCCCGGGAAGAAGUGGAUGAAUUGUCUAGAAUAGGAAAAUUGCAGAAUAUAUUUAUCUCCAACAUGGACAAUUUAGCAUACUUCUGCCAACGGGUGGAAGAUGCGACGAGUUUCAGUUGUCUGGCGCAGUUGCUCCUCGAUUGCUGUCCAAGACUGAACUUCCUCUUCCCUUCGUCGCUACGCCUGCCGAAGCUUCGCAGUCUACAUAUAAGGUUCUGUGAUAGCCUGGAGAGGGUUUUCGACGAAUCAGUCGCGGCAGAAAUUGCUCUUCCAGGGUUACAGUCACUGCAGCUGUGGGAGCUUCCGGAGCUUAGCUGCGUGUGUGGAGGAGUCUUGCCAUCUCUCAAGGACCUGAAGGUGAGAGGCUGUGGAAAGCUGAAAAGGAUUCCUAUCGGUGUGACUGAAAAUAGCACAUUCAUUAUUACAACAGUAAUGGGAGAGACGCAUUGGUGGGACGAUUUGGUCUAGGAUGACGAAGGCGUCAAGCGUUGGAUGCUCUUCAGAAACUGGGGCCCCAUGCUUCCACAUUUCGCAUCUGAAGGAUAAGUCUUCGUUGCUGCGGUACAUGGAUCCAGUCUAGUGUGGAUUGGUGGACGGAUUCAUCUUUAUUUCCAGUGAAACUGCACUUUUACUGCUGCUGUACCUGUCCCGUCUGUAACACUGUCGCAGCACUACAAGUGGCCAGUCGUGAAUGAACCUUGCACGAUUCACAGUUGGUACAUUGUAUACUCUGCGAGUCAAUGAGCCGAACAACUCUGCGAAAUCACAGGCACAGCCUUGAUUCAUCUGCCACCAAAUGUGAGCAGGACCCGGGCCGGCCUAGCCCCAAGUCCCCAACACAUGGACCAGGCUAGCCCCAACACGAUGUUGCCCCGUAGCCCUGCACCGGCUAUUCAAGGAACUGUGGUGCAAUCCACCAACCUGGCAGGCACGCAUGUGGAUGUGGUGGAAGUGGAAUCCAUCCAUCCAUCCAUCCAUUCGCUCGUUCAUCUCGAGGGCACGGCGGGGACGUCGCCCACGUACGUAUGCGCCCAUCAUGCGCUGCGUCCCACCCUCCGCCGAGACCGACGCCGCAUCGGCCCUCCCCGACCCAGCACCGGUGCACAUUACCCGCACGACGGCUGUCCCGCGGCCGGCCUCCCCUCCUCCGCGCGCCCGUCCCUCUCCCGGGUCGCGGUAGCUCGGCGGGCACGGAAAGUGGGGUGCUUUCCCGCAAGAUUGGCAUCGGAAUAAUGGGCGCGCCGGGGCCCGCCGCACAUGCCAUGUCUCCCGGAGUUGGUUGAGCGGAUGCGGAUUUGUACGCGUCCCCGAUCGUGCCGGCGCUUCGUUUAAUCGUUGGCUCGUUCGUUCGUUCCUCCCACUCCUUCCGUUCCGCGGCAGGGUUUUCUCUUUCUUUUUGGGUUGGGGCAGGUUUUUAAUGUGGAUCUGUACUCCGGUCGAUCGGUCCAAACAUGCACCGGGGCCGGCGAGUUUUUUGGUGUUGUCGACCUACUGUACGUACGUAGUGUGGGGAGACGCAGUGAGCCUCGCCGGUGACGACGAUCCAAUGCGUGGUAGCGUGGCCCCGUUUUGGCCUAGCCAUGUUGUGCAGCGGCGUAGAUCAAGCUCUCGUGGUCGUGGCGUACACUAACACUGUGCUGUCAUUAUACGGGGAAGCCGGCCGUUUU